UGUGUCGUACGAAAUUUGGUGUGUUCGAAGUUUUAAGGGAUUACAAGGGUCGAACGCAGAGCAAGAUGGCUUACUCUUGGGACAACCGUGUUAUGUACAUCAUCCGAUAUUUUUACGACAUCGACAACAACGGUUUCCUGGACAAGAACGACUUCGAGUGCCUGGCCGUCCGCAACACCAUCGUGGAGAGCCGUGGCACUUUCCCCGACGACAUCUUCGCUGGGAACAAGAAGGUCAUGGCUGAUCUGUGGAACGAGCUGGCCGAGUUGGCGGAUUUCAAUAAGGACGGUGAAGUAAGUGCUGACGAGUUCAAACAAGCUGUCAAGACCCACUGUCAAGGCAAGUCAUAUGCCAACUUCCCUACAGCUUUCAAGACAUUCAUUGACAAGCAGUUUAGGACCGUCGACGUCAACGGCGACGGUGUUGUGGGCGUGGAGGAAUAUAGGCUGGACUGCAUCACGCGGGCGGGCUUCUCCGAUGUGGCUGAAAUCGAUGAUGCUUACAACAAACUCUGCAGUGACGACGACAAGAAGAAAGGCGGCAUCACCCUCCCGCGUUACCAAGAGCUCUACGCCCAGUUCCUCGCCAACCCUGAUGAGAAGUGCAGCGCAUGCUAUCUCUUCGGCCCUCUGAAGAUGAUGGAGUAACUCCUCCUUCACGCCCAUACUCCAACGCCCACGCCCAACGCCCACCCACGUCUUUCUUUUUCAACCCUUCCCUUUUCUUAAAGGAGGGAUUUUAGAGAAGGUUGUUGAGCAUAAUCUUCCUGCCUUCCUUUUCUCUUCGUUCUGGGAUGCUACCAUACAAAACCAUGGAAUACCAUGCACGCUCUUAUCUCCAGCUCCUUUGGGAUGCUUGUGUGGUAUCCGUGAUGGUAUUUGGGUAUGGUUACCUCACGAGGGGGGGUUAGGAGAGGGCUUCUGGGGGGGGGGGGGGGGGAGGGCUUUUUGGUUAGUGGAGGCUUCGGAGUAUUUUGUGAGAGGAAGAAACGCCCCUUAAAUAUUGGGCCAUUUGUUGGUGGUGAAUUAUUUAUUGUUUCUUGUUAUUGUUCAAUGAAGUUCGAUUCUUCAUUCUU